AUGGCGACCCCCUCAACGUGAGCAAAUUUACCGCAAAUAAAAGUCSUUUUUCGACGACUUCCAGGAUGCGUUGGCUUCUAAAAAGCAAUACUCUACAAGUAUUAGCCUGUCAAUCAUGUAGYGCUAGUAGAUUAUUGGUCUGCCAGGCAUCACAAAAUGGAUCCAGACAUUUAAGUCAGAGUUCAUACUUGAGAUUGGUUUCUGUUAAGAAUGUGUCACAUUGCCAAUURAGGAGACUUGCUUCAACAACUAGCACUACAAUAGGUGGACCAACAAUCACUAGACAACAACAUACAGUGUCACCAAAACUCAAGCCACGAUAUGACAGAAAACAGGGACUGCAUGAAAUGGAUGAUAUCACCCCUACAAGCAUCACUGUUAAUAAACUGUCAGUUCAUUUGGGAAUUACUAAAGAUCAGCUAUUGGGGAUUUUAGAGGAUAUAGGAGAGAAAGUUAAUGGUCAUAAUUCAGCUGUUGCACCAGAAAUAGUUGAGCUGUUAUGUAUGGAAUUCAACAAAAAAACAUUAAAAGUUAAUGAAACAACAAGUAAUAAUCAGAGGUCUAGGCCUCCAGUAGUUACUAUUAUGGGUCAUGUUGAUCAUGGUAAGACAACACUACUGGAUAAAUUGAGGAACAGUUCCAUUGCUGCUGGCGAAGCUGGUGGUAUUACACAACACAUUGGUGCCUUUUUAGUAACAUUGCCUUCUGGGCAACAAAUUACUUUCAUCGACACACCUGGUCAUGCUGCAUUUGAAUCCAUGCGAGCAAGAGGUGCUAAUGUAACUGAUAUUGUUGUCCUGGUUGUUGCCGCUGAUGAUGGUGUCAAGACACAGACAGUGGAGUCAAUAAGACAUGCUGUACAUGCUAAAGUCCCAAUAAUUGUAGCUAUUAACAAGAUAGAUAAAGGGAAGAAAAAUGUUGACCUACUUAAACGUCAGCUUCUCACUCAUGGGAUACAACUGGAGGAAUAUGGUGGGGAUGUGCAGGUUGUAGAGAUCUCAGCACUCAAGGGCAUCAAUUUGGACAGUUUAACAGAAGCAAUAGUAACUUUGGCUGAGGUGAAUGACCUACAGGCCAACAGCGAUGCCGGUGUAGAAGGUGUUGUUAUUGAAGCAAAAAAAGACAAAGGACUAGGUCCUGUAGUAACAGCUCUGGUUCAAAAUGGUACAUUAAGMAAAGGGGAUAUCAUUGUAGCAGGGAGCACAUUUGCCAAAGUACGUCAAAUGUAUACAGACAGAGGAAUGGUUGUUGACAGAGCACCUCCCUCAUUUCCUGUCCAGGUUACAGGAUGGAAAGAACUACCGACAGCUGGCGAAAGAGUCUUUCAAGURGAAACUGAGAGAAAAGCCAAUGAACUGGCAUUGUCAAGAAAAGCUAUUGAAGACCAGAAAAAAAGAGAGAGCUUAUUUGAAGGUUUUUCUGUAGAUGAUCUCAUAAAAGAAGGAGAAGGAAGAAGAACUAAAACUUCACAAGGAAAAUAUGAUGCCACCAAUAAAAUUGAUGUAGUUAUUAAAGGUGAUGUCGAUGGUUCAGUAGAAGCAAUUGUCGAUGCCAUCAAGACAUAUAAAUGUGAUAAAAUCAAGCUAAGUGUACUCCAUGCUGACGUUGGGUCUUUAUCAGAGUAUGAUAUCAAGAAAGCUCAUUCAUUCAAAGGUGUUGUACUUGCCUUUAAUAUAAAGAUUCCUAAGGACAUCCAGCAGCUUGCUAAACAGAUGGAUGUMACAAUAAAGAAUCAUCGAGUUAUCUACAAAAUCCUGGCUGACUUGAAGGAUGAAAUGAAUAGCAGACUUCCAGCCAUAAAGCAAGAAAAGCAAGUUGGUGAAGCAGAGAUUCUCAAGGUGUUUAAAUUAACUGGCUCUAAGAAGGCAUGGGUAGCRGGCUGUAGAGUAAAACAGGGAGUGUUUAACAAAGAUUGUAGAUAUAGAAUACUUCGAGGAGAAGAACCUAUCUAUGAAGGUAAAUCUUCAAGUCUAAAGCGGGGCUCAGAUGAUGUUGAUAUUGUAAAAAAAGAACAAGAGUGUGGCAUAAGCUUUGAAAAAUUCUCAGGUUUCAAAGAAGGUGACAGAAUAGAAUGUUUUCAAGUCGAGGUUGUUCCAGAUGAGGUGGACUGGGAAUGGGGCUUCUAGACAUCCACCCCAGGUCUUCAGUAUGUCAGAAGAGUCCAAAUAUUAUUGGAGUGCUUGCUAUUUUGAGAACACUGAAAGGCAAAAGAUUGACUCUGGAUGAUUAUGACAACCAUCAACUAUCCAUCAGCCAUUGUGAUAUACUUCAUUUGAAAAACGUUUUUGCAUCACAUGUAAGUGUUGGCUAAUAAAAUGCAUAUCACUUACAACUUACAGAACAAAGAUUGUCUAUUAAUUUACAAUAAGGUUGCCAGAAAGAUUGCUGGAUAAAAUGAAUAUCUUGAUUAUUGAAGACUUGCAUUAAAUUAUAUUAUCUUUGAUUAUGGUAUGAUUUGAGAUUUUUUCUUCUGAUGAAGCAAYCAGUCUUUUUGGCAACCCUUUUUGAAAAAAUAUAAUGUUGUUUAUGUUUUGUUUUAAGUGCAAGGGAAUAUUAUUCUUAUCAAACAUAUACAUGACUAGYCUCCUUUAGURGCUGGGGACAGCUCCUAAAYGAGGCUAAUACAUGAACUUUGUGCAAUGGAAUGAAAACUGGUGUUUUGCUCAUCAWACAUAAUGUCAGUUUUCAUUUGGCUGCGCCCAGGCUGUGCUAAGGAAAUUAUUAUAAUGUUAUUCUUUGUUCUCUAAGUGUAAAUUUGAUGUAAAUUUUAUUGGCUCUUACAUGUCUGAUUUGGCAAGAAAAACUGAUUGCAAUGAAAUUAUUUAAAAUAAUUAAUUAAUGUUUAUAAUCCUUAAAUAUUAUAAUCCUAUCCUAUAAUACAUGUAGGUUACAGAACAUAUGUUUUGGUAGGGUAAGGUAGGUUAGGUCAACUUAACUUAGGUUUCUUUAGGGGAAGGUAGGUUAGGUUGAUUUAACUUAGAUUUGAUCAUGGAAAGGUAGGUUAGGUCGAGUUAGAUGAUUUUUGUUAAGGGGAAAUUAGGUUGCCAAAGUUAAUGUUCUAAAAUGAAAAAAAAAAUGGAAUAAAUUUGUAUAUAUUUUUUUCUUUAUUGUACUGGAAAGACUUUAUAAAAAUGCACCACRCAUUUUUACGCCCACACAUUUUACGCCCACACAUUUUGUGUCAAAUAACUUUUAUUUGAAAAAAUCGAUAACAUAUUAUCUGCUUUUAUCCAUAUUUACAAUUGAAGAAUAAACAUUACUAACCUAGUCUAA